AUGUCCUCGCUGACCCAGCGCAGCUCGGGCCUGGUGCAGCGCCGCACCGAGGCCUCCCGCAGCGCGGCCGACAAGGAGCGGGCGGCGGGCGGCGGCGGCGGCAGCGGCGAGGACGACGCGCAGAGCCGCCGCGACGAGCAGGACGACGACGACAAGGGCGACUCCAAGGAAACGCGGCUGACCCUGAUGGAGGAGGUGCUCCUGCUGGGCCUCAAGGACCGAGAGGGAUACACAUCAUUUUGGAAUGACUGUAUAUCAUCUGGAUUACGUGGCUGUAUGUUAAUUGAAUUAGCAUUAAGAGGAAGGUUACAACUAGAGGCUUGUGGAAUGAGACGUAAAAGUCUAUUAACAAGAAAGGUGAUCUGUAAGUCUGAUGCCCCAACAGGGGAUGUUCUUCUUGAUGAAGCUCUAAAACAUGUUAAGGAGACUCAACCUCCAGAAACAGUCCAGAACUGGAUCGAAUUACUUAGUGGUGAAACAUGGAAUCCAUUAAAAUUGCAUUAUCAAUUAAGGAAUGUACGGGAACGAUUAGCUAAAAACCUGGUAGAAAAGGGCGUAUUGACAACAGAGAAACAGAACUUCCUACUUUUUGACAUGACCACACAUCCCCUCACCAACAACAACAUUAAGCAGCGCCUCAUCAAGAAGGUACAGGAAGCUGUUCUUGACAAGUGGGUGAAUGACCCUCACCGCAUGGACAAGCGCCUGCUGGCCCUCAUUUACCUCGCCCACGCCUCGGAUGUGCUGGAGAAUGCCUUCGCUCCCCUGCUGGAUGAGCAGUAUGAUUUAGCCACCAAGAGAGUGCGGCAGCUCCUCGACUUGGAUCCUGAGGUGGAAUGCGUGAAGACCAACGCCAACGAGGUCCUGUGGGCGGUGGUGGCGGCCUUCACCAAGUAA